AUGGAAGAACAACCUAAAUUACCACCUAAACCGAACAAAUAUUUUAAUGAUUUAUCACCAACACGUAUAUCACCGACACAUUCACCGCCCAAAUCUUCAGUAAUGCCUAUGCCUGAACCUAGAAAUAAAUAUAGUUCUAAUGAAUAUUUACCUGAAAGACCUAUUAAAGAGAAUGUACCUGAGUAUUUUGCUUUUACAGAGGGCGGAGAAGGAUUAAGGACAAUGAUUAUGCCAAUUAACAUAUAUGAUAAGUUUAUACAGAUAGCAGCUUCAAAUACCGCAAAAAAUUUAGAAACUUGUGGUGUUUUAUGUGGAAGAUUGUCGCACAAUUAUUUCACAGUGACUUCACUAGUGAUUCCAAAACAAACAGCCACAUCCGAUACAUGUUCAAUGACAAAUGAAGAAGAAUUAUUGGAAUAUAUUGAAGAAACUGACUUAUUAAUGCUCGGAUGGAUACAUCUAAUAUUACCUGAAGCAAUAGCAAUUGUGUGCGCUCCAAAUAAAUCACCAAAUAUUGGAAUAUUUCGUUUAACUAAUCCACCAGGGUUACAAACUGUGCUUCAAUGCGAAAAGAGAGGUUUUCAUCCACAUGAUUCUAGUGAAGAAAUCGAUGUAGAAAUAUCAAAUUGUGGGCAUGUAGUAAUGGAAAAAUUUGAUUUAACUGUGGUUGAUUUAAGAUGA